AUGAAUACAACCUCCUGUCUCAGCGAUGAGCUGCUCUUCCGAGCCACAUUCAACUUUGAAACUGCUCCCUCAAACUUUUGUAUUCAACUGUACCAGUCUGAGCCUGACUUCGCCCCGGAGACAGGGUUAUGGAAUAAAAUCUUGGAAGAUCAGGACUUUCCUCGUUACGGGGUCUCACAGUGGGUCCAGCCAUUUGAAAUCUGCUUGCCUGCCACUGCAUGCUAUGUUGCAGAAAUCUCUACCUUGACGCCAGAUAUGUACCAGUUUGAAUGGGGCGACGAUGGAGAACCCUUUGCUGCUAUGUAUCCUGGAACACGUGAUCCGGAUCAUAUUGAUUACAGCACCAUUCACUUCUUUACUGAUUUUGGCAACUGCAUUCCUGAUUGUGGUCCAGAAGAGUCCCUUUUUGAGCUUAUCCACUUCAGCGGAGACUACGGUGGGGGAACUGGAGGCUUGAAGAUGUUACCACUAUUGAUGGUGAUGCCACUGUGGAAGACGCUGGCAAAGGUGAAGAGAUUAUUGGUUGCAAGUAUUUGA